AUUAAAUGAAAAAUAAUUUUAAAGUGAGCAGGUCACGAACAUGAAGUGUACUCAGCGGUUAAGAAAAUUACUUCUAGUCUUCCAUAUAUUGAAUUACUGCAGCAGCAUAUGCGGGAAUAAUCAAAUGGAAGGUCAUAUAGUUGGCGGUGAUUACGUGGAUAUAGAAGAGUAUCCCCAUGCCGCUUGCUUGGCAAUAACAUGUCAUAAAGGUUACCAGAGCAAUAGUUAUAAAUGUGGGUCGUCGAUCAUCAACCAACACUUUACUUUGACGGCCGCGCAUUGCCUCCAUGAAUGUGAUAUUCGGAGAAGUUACAUCAUGAUUUCGGUGGGUCAUCACUACCUUAAGAAAGCGCUGAAAUCCUCAGCCAACUCGUUCAUGAUCCACGAGAAAUAUGAAGAUCAGAUUAUCUUUCCAGAUAUUGCUCUUGUCCAACUAAAAACUCCUUUGACACUUGGUUCGAAGGUACAAAGAGUAGCGUUGCUGAAGCCCAAUGAGGUACCAAAUGUAUCGGAAGGUUUUGUUGCUGGGUGGGGCGAAACAGAAGAUAAAAAAGGUAACAAUUACCUGAAACAUGUAAGGCAGCCGUUGUGGUCUCGGAAGAACUGUACCAAAUUCCUCGGGGCGGAGCUAUCUUUAGGACAAAUCUGCGCUGGCUUUGUGAAGAGAAAGGACUAUGCUGACCAAGGAGACUCAGGCAGCGCGUUAGUGAUCAACCGCUACAUUCAAAUCGGAAUAGUCUCCUACAAAUUUGUAAGGAGAAGCCCCAGUAUUUUAGUCUACACUGACGUUUCACAUUUCUACAACUGGAUCACAGGUCACACUCGACGUAUGCACUGUAAACACAGGCAACAUGCAAACGAAAACGGAAUAGUCGACUUCGAAGAUGAUGAUUAUCCAACAGUAAACCAAGAAGAUAAUUUACUUUUUGUAGCGCCAAAACCGACACGAGUUGUUUCUUAUGGUUAAAAUUUGAUUAAAAAUCAGAACAUG